CCCCUCCCUCAGUGUCCUGUGUCGUUGUCCCAACCUCCAGCCGGGGAAGAGCCACCCUGCCCCUCUCUGAUUGGACUGGGCUGGUUUGGUAGUCUGUCUUGACGCAGCUCUAAGCGGAGAGCGCCGGAGGACGUGUUUCAACAGAUGGUUCAGGGUUAGCGUGUGUGUGUCAUCACAUCGCGGAGAGAAUUAGAGGAGGAAGGUCGUCCCUCCAGGAGCUGUGUGGUCCCCCCAACGGCACGAGAAACACGAGGAAAGGAGAGAGGGAGUCCCGCGCGCAAGACUGCACUCCUGUCUUUCAGAGUUGCUAGUGGAAGCUCUGGUGGCCUUAGAGCAGCAGUGUGAGUCAGUGUGGGAUGAUGAAGCGUGUUUGUCUGGCCUGGCUCCUGGCCCUGGCCCUGGCCGCCCAGCUGGCCUCAGGCUUCACCACUCGGGGACAGAGCCUGAGGGGCCGGGUACAGCGCGACCGCCGAAACAUUCGCCCCAACAUCAUCCUCAUCAUGACGGACGACCAAGAUGUGGAGCUGGGCUCCUUGCAGGUCAUGAACAAAACCCGCAGGAUCAUGGAGGACGGGGGCACCAGCUUCACCAACGCCUUUGUGACUACGCCCAUGUGCUGCCCAUCACGAUCGUCCAUGCUGACGGGGAAAUACGUUCACAACCACAACACGUACACCAACAAUGAGAACUGCUCAUCACCUUCAUGGCAGGUCCAGCACGAGCCGCGCUCUUUCGCUGUCUACCUCAACAACACGGGCUACAGGACAGCUUUCUUCGGGAAGUACCUUAAUGAGUACAAUGGCAGCUACAUUCCUCCUGGGUGGCGUGAGUGGGUGGGGCUCAUCAAAAAUUCCCGCUUCUAUAAUUACACAGUCUGUCGGAACGGUUAUAAGGAGAAGCACGGCGCGGACUAUGCCAAGGACUACUUCACGGAUCUGAUCACCAACGACAGCAUCAAUUUUUUCCGCAUGUCUAAGCGGAUGUACCCACACCGACCGGUGAUGAUGGUGAUCAGCCACGCGGCGCCCCACGGCCCGGAGGAUUCGGCGCCCCAGUACGCCGAGUUCUUCCCCAACGCUUCACAACACAUCACCCCCAGCUACAACUAUGCACCCAACAUGGACAAGCACUGGAUCAUGCAGUACACCGGCCCCAUGAAGCCCAUCCACAUGGAGUUUACCAACUUCCUGCAGAGGAAGAGGCUGCAGACGUUGAUGUCUGUGGAUGACUCGGUGGAAAAGAUAUACAACGCACUAGUGGACACAGGGGAGCUGGACAACACCUACAUCAUCUACACAGCAGACCAUGGCUAUCAUAUUGGUCAAUUUGGCCUGGUUAAGGGGAAGUCCAUGCCUUAUGACUUUGAUAUUAGAGUGCCAUUCUUUGUGAGGGGGCCGAACGUGGAGCCUGGAAGCAGGAACAACCAUCUUGUCCUGAAUAUCGAUCUGGCCCCUACAAUCUUGGACAUUGCUGGCCUGGACACUCCAGCCGAUAUGGAUGGCAAGUCCAUCCUCAAGCUUUUGGAGCAUGAGAAGACCGGCAACAGAUUUAAACCAAACCGGAAGCCUAAAGUGUGGAGGGACACAUUCCUUGUGGAGAGGGGCAAAAUCCUACGAAAGAAGGAAGAUUCAACAGGAAGCGUGAGCCCAGCGCACACCAACAGUCUGCCCAAAUACAAGAAGGUUCAAGAAGCGUGUCAACAGGCCGAGUUUCAGACAGCCUGCGAACAGCCUGGGCAGAAGUGGCACUGUGUGGUGGACAUCACGGGGAAGUGGCGCAUGCAGAAGUGUAAGGGCUCGCUGAAGGCCACCUCCAGGAAGAGAGCGAGGAGCUUACGGCUGCGAUCGUACGACAGCCGGGAGAGGGAGUGCCGCUGCGGAGAGAGAGGAUACAAACCGGCCAGAGCAGAGAGGAGGGAACACAGGCACGUCUCACAGACCGGCGGCCAGCGCUACAGGCCUCGCUUUGUCCACACUCGUCCUGCCCGCUCUCUCUCAGUGGAGUUUGAGGGGGAGAUUUAUGCUGUGGACCUGCAGGCGGACGACAGGGCAGCGACAGAGCCCCGGCCAAUCAGCAAGCGGCAUUACGAGCCAGAUGUGUCCAUUGACCCUGACUUUGGCCUGGAGUCGGACGAUACGUCUGAGGAGAUGCUGGCCGACGAUACAAACGCUGUGGGCUACCCAAACUCACUCAAAGUCACCCACAAGUGCUACAUCCUGCUGAAUGACACUGUGCACUGUGAGAGAGAGAUCUACCAGUCUUCUAAAGCCUGGAAAGACCACAAGAGCUUUGUGGACCAGGAGAUCGAGCUGCUCCAGGACAAAAUGAAGAAGCUGCGAGAGGUACGAGGGCACCUGAAGAGCAGAAAACCAGAUGAGUGUGACUGUGGAAAAAAGAGCUACUAUAGCAAAGAGAGAGGGCACAGAAACAAGCCUGAGAGAGUGAAGAGCAGGAGCCGUCUCCAUCCCUUUAAAGAGGUCGUGCAUGAAGGGGACAGCAAAGCCCAACUCUAUAACGAGAUCCGCCGCAGAAAGAAAGAGAGAAAAGAGAGGAAGAGGCAGAGGAAGGGAGACGACUGCAGCCUGCCUGGACUCACCUGCUUCACACACAACAACGACCACUGGCAGACCGCCCCCUUCUGGAACCUUGGAGGUUUCUGUGCCUGCACCAGCUCAAAUAACAACACUUACUGGUGCCUGAGGACCAUUAACGACACCCACAACACGCUCUUUUGUGAGUUUGCCACCGGAUUCCUGGAGUACUUUGAUCUGAACAGUGACCCCUACCAGUUGACCAAUGCAGUUUACACAGUGGACAGAGACGUCCUGAACCAGCUCCAUCUGCAGCUGAUGGAGAUGAGGAGCUGUCAGGGUCAUAAGCAGUGCAACCCCAGACCAAAGAACCCAGAUGCAGUGCACAGCCAGCAUGGGACGGGCGAAAAGGUUAAGCUGCCCAACUUCACGGAGCAGGAGGACGUGGACUGGCAGGGACUGGCGCGACUUUACAGUGUGAACGACAGCCUGUUUGAGCACAGGCACGACUACAGUCCCAACCUGGAGGACUGGACCAACUUUGGGAAGGAUGUAGAUAGGAUGUUUGCACUGCUGAGCGAUUUAAAGCAACUCAACGGGACCGAUAAGCUUGACCCCCUGGAUGAGCUGGGCUCUGGGGCAGGGGGUCCAGAGGAGGCCAGUGGAGCUGGGGUCUUAAACCGAGAUGGUUGGACCUCUAUAAUUACCACAGGACAUCAAAUCGUGACCCUUACUGUCCCUAAAGCAAACAGAUCGGGGGCGCUAAACCAGAGUGAUUGGACCCCUGUAAUUACCACAGGACCUCAGAUAAUGACCCCCAGUGCUCCUAAAGUGACCCUUAAAUCUGCCAAUGAACUUCCGGAGGGGUUCCCAACACCCAGUAGGGUCUUCUCUAGGGGGGAUACAUGGGCUCAGCAGUUGGAGAAUGAACUGGAUGGAGAUGGAAUGACCUUCAGUGGCAAUGGCCUGACUGAACUGGAGACCCAUCACCAUGAUUUCCUUCGGUCCAGCUCCAGUGGCCUCCAGAGGGCCAAGCUGGAUCUCAGUCAGGCCACUGACCACCACAAAGACAAAGAGGAACAGGAGGAGGACAUUUUUGAGGCCCAAGGCCUACUUCCCUUAUCCACAAAGCCAGAAAAACUCCCAGAACAGGCCAAAACGCCUCCAGCCAGGCCUUCACAACAACCUCUUCAUGUUCAUACGUCCCAGGACCCUCAUCUGGACCCUCAAAAACCUUUGGACUCUGAGGGCAGUGGCCUGGGUCCUUCCCCCUCCAACAAAUCCCUCUGAGAAAGGCCUGCAAGCAAUGUACUGUGAAAGCCAGUCACCCAGAGACACUAAAAAACCCUCCCAGCUGGGGAGAAUCAUAUAAUUGAAUCCUAAUGUUAUUGUUUUAUUUUUUUACAGGUGCUUCCAUUUAUUAGAAGUCAGUGUUAUGUUUUGUAAGAUAUACAUAUAAGAAUAUAUAUAUAUAUAUAUUUAGAGAUUGAGCCUUAAUGCAGCUUGAAUGUCGGGGUUGUAUUUUAAAUUUCAAGCAGAAAAUGCCAACAAAAGUAUGUUUUAAAUCUAUUUUUUAAGGAAAAGCAAGUUUUAUUUGGAUGAAACCAUUGCACUCAGUCAUAAGUGAACCACAAAAGCAGAAGUGUCCCAAUACUAAAAGUUAUGAUGCACUUUUCAGACCGACUUGUCACAACAUUAUAUAGAAGAUUACAUACACCAGGCUUCAUCCCAAUAACAAAUAUUAAGGGAUUGGAAACACCUGAUCUGCUAAUGCCCAGAUUAAUAUUCACCUUGGUUUAGUAAAUAUCUGACUGAAAGUGUUCUUGGUACUUUUAAGUCAUACUGUUUGUAAUGUUCAUGCCUUGGUUGUUGUUUAUGAUACGCCACAUUGCUUGAGCACAGUUUGUCAAUCACAUUGGUAACAGGUUGUGGUUAAACUGGAUGGUGAUGGUUAUGGUUCAUUUGGUUCAUGCAACAAAUCAGUACACAUCAAUACACAAGUGCACAUUCACCUUUAUAAAGUCAUGCAGAUUCUGUAAAUCUAAGUCCCAUUACAGAUCCAUAUCACAACCAGUAUAAUCAUAUACAAUCCAAUUCAGUGCCAAAUUCUGGAUUUC